AAUUUAGGCAUCACGAUUCUUACACACUUUUAUGUUAAUAUUGAAUAUAAAAGUAUAUAAAUAGGUCAUUAUAGCAAGAGACAAUUGUAAGGAACACAAAAAAAUGGUCGGAGGUAAGGAAUCGUUUGAUUUAAGAAGAAAGGAAGCCAUAUUCCUCUAAUGUUCACCAUCUUCUGCACGUAUUCUUCUCUUAACUUAAUACAUAUAUAUGUAUAUAUACUCACUUCUCUUUCACUUCUUUGUAACUCACAAUUACUACUAAUAAGUAGUUGCAUAUUCAUGGCUUCCUACUUCACUUCAUUUUCCAUUCUUUGGUUUCUCUUGUUUGCUAUUGCCUUAGGGGUAAAAUAUUCCGAGUGUACAAAUAUUACCAUUAUAAACUACUGCAUAGAGACAGUAUGGCCUGGAAUUACACCUAAGAACAAUUUCAGUGGAGAUGGUUUUGAGCUGAAACAAGGCCAAUCUGCAGUCUUUACCGCCCCGGCCGGGUGGAGCGGUCGCAUAUGGGGUCGAACCGGGUGCAACUUCAAUAAGAACGAUAACGGCACCUGCCAGACCGGUAGGUGCGGGACCAGUCUAAAAUGUCGUGAACCGGGUCAGCCUCCAGCUUCGAUUGCCGAAUUUACCCUUGGAGAUACUGAUUUUUAUGAUGUUAGCCUUGUGGAUGGGUUCAACUUGCCUAUAGUAGUAAAACCUGUAAAUGGCAAAGGAAAUUGCAGUUCUGUUGGCUGUGACAGUGAUCUCAGGCCAAAUUGCCCUUCUGAGCUAGCUCUCAAGUCGGACGGCAAGACGAUCGCCUGCCGGAGCGCGUGUAACGUCUUCGACACCGAUGAAUAUUGCUGCCGGGGUACAUUCAGUAGUCCAGUUUCAUGUUUGCCUACAAACUAUUCAAGGAUUUUCAAGACAGCAUGCCCUGUGGCUUAUAGCUUUGCCUUUGAUGACCCCACUAGUAUCAUCACUUGCUCUUCUACUGAGUAUGUUGUUUCAUUUUGUUAUUCAAGGAACCAGAACCAGACACAGUGCACAAAUCAUGGCAAGAAUGUGACUUGUAGUGGAGCAUAUGGAUUGAGGUCACUCUUAGAAAAAAGGCAUAUGCUGAUGGUUGGAUUGACAACAGUGAUUAGUCUUGGAGUGAUGUUUUGACAGAAUAUUGUACAGAUUCACAUAUUUUUGAGCACCUGUUGGCAACUACAUUAACUUUUCCUGUUCAUUUAGGAUUUUAAUUGCAUUUCCUUGUCUUUCGAAA